CGUUGGCUUGAUGCUCUUCACAGGCAACACAACUAACCGAGAGUCUCAGUUUCAGAGGCACAGCUGAGCGCGGAGCAAUGAAGGGAAGCAAGACCCACGAGCUCGAGGCCAACGUCCCGGCCUCCGAGCUGUGGAAGAUCUACGGCACGCUCCGCUUCGUGGAGCUAGUCCAUGAGCUGCUCCCGCAGGUCCUCCACAAGGUCGACGUUGUCAGCGGCAACGGCGGAGUCGGCACCGUCAUCCAGGUGACAUUCCCUCCAGGGAACCCUGGCCCGCAGAGGUACAAGGAGGAGUUCGUCAAAAUCGACAAUGAGAAUCUCGUCAAGGAGGCGGCAGCGAUCGAAGGUGACAUUCUGAACCUCGGCUUCAUCAAGUACGUGACCCGGUUCGAGAUCAUUUCGAAGGGAGCCAGCUCUUCAGUGAUAAGAUCAACCGUCGAGUACGAGUUCGACGACGGGCGCCCUGAGCUUGAAGGUGCGGCUAGCACUGCACCUUUGGCUGCAGCUGCCGAAAGGCUUGUGCAGUAUGUCAAGGAGCAGAACACCACUCAGGCAAGCUCUUGAAAAAUAUGCUCAUGGCAAGCUUCGCCAAGACGAAUAAAUGAACGUGUGAUUCCGGUGUUGUUAUAUUUUUCACGAGGCGUGUGGCAGUGCAUGGCGUUCUGAUGCUUAGCUACUGUAAGAUCUAUGUAUCUUAUUCACUAUCAAUA